AUGUCUAGAUUACUCCUCUUCUUCCUCCUCUCCCUAGCCUCCUGCCACACCACCUUCACCACCCUCUACGUCGACACCGUGAACCAAGGCGAUGGCGUCUGCGUGCGCAUGAACCGCAACGCCGAGAAAGCCUCCGACCCCAUUUACCCUAUUACCAGCAAGAACAUGGCCUGCGGUGCGUCCUCCCUCCCCUUCAAUCUACACCCUCAUCUCCUAACAUCUACAGGCUACGACGGCGAGAAAGCCGUCUCCCGCGUCUGUCCCGCCAAGGCCUCCUCGCUCCUCACCUUCGAGUUCCGCGAGUACCCCGACGCCGCCCAGCCCGGCGCCAUCGACAUCAGCCACAAGGGUCCCUGCGCGGUGUACAUGAAGAAGGUCGACGACGCAACGGCCGACGACAACGCCGCCGGCGACGGCUGGUUCAAGGUCUGGCAGGAGGACUAUGACUCCACCGCGGGGAAAUGGUGCACGGAGAAGCUCAUUGAUAACGACGGGUUUCUGUCUGUGCGUGUUCCUGGGGAUAUUGUCCAGGGGGAUUAUCUUGUUCGGACGGAGUUGCUGGCGCUGCAUAAUGCCGAUGCGAACCCGCCUGAUCCCCAGUUUUAUGUCGGCUGUGCGCAGGUGUUUGUCCAGGGCGGUGGGAGCGCGAAGCCCGAGACUGUGAGCAUUGGCGAAGGGACGUAUCAUCUGGAUGGUAUGCCCGGGUUGACGUUCAAUAUCUAUGAUCAGCCAAUGAAGCUGCCGUAUCCGAUGUUUGGGCCGAAGGUCUAUCAGUCGGGGGAGGCGAAUGUCGCGGCGAAUGUCAAGGUCGCCAGUGCGCAGCAGGUGCAGCAGCACGGUCUGAAGCCGGAAGGGUGUAUCCUCGUCCGGGACAAUUGGUGUGGGUUUGAGGUUCCCGAGUAUUCCACUGAGGAUGGAUGCUGGUCUUCUUCCGAGAAAUGCUGGGAGCAGAGCGACAUGUGCUGGAACACUGCUCUUCCUACUGGUAACUCUGUGUGCCAGGUCUGGCAGGACAAGUGUUCCGCCAUCGACGAAGCGUGCAGCAGCGGCGACUACAACGGACCCCCAAACAAAGGCAAGGAUCUCACCCCGCCGCUGAAGGCCAUCCAGGGGUCUACGAAGGUAUUCACGAGCACGACCAAGCGGGCGCACCGUGCGCGCCGCGGACACGGACACUGA